AUGGCCGGAAUCGAAAAACAAAAAUUUCAAAUCCUUGAUGUUACCGGCAGUAACUUUUUAUCCUGGUGCUUAGAUAUCAAAUUACACCUCCAAGGGCUAGAUCUUGUAAAAGCCUUGGAUUGUGUAGAUAUCAAGGAGGCAAACAGGAAAGAUGAGGCAAAUGCUAUGAUUUUUAUCCGCCAUCAUCUUUCCGAGGAUUUGAAAGAUGAAUAUAUACAACUUGAAAGGCCAUCAGAGAUAUGGCAAAAACUCAAAGAAAGGUUUGAUCACACAAAAACUGUCAUUCUCCCACAAGCCCAAUACAAUUGGCAGCACCUAAGGCUGCAGGACUUCAAAUCUGUUGCCGACUAUAAUUCGGCACUGUUUAAACUUGAGUCCCGAUUAGCCUUGUCUGGAGUUAAAAUAUCCGAAUAUGAUAAAUUGGAAAAAACUUUUUGA